CACCCUCCCUCACACACACACACCCCCCCCGGAGCCGGGAUCAUGUCGAGGCCGCAGAGCGAUGCGGAGCGGAGGAAGCAGAUCAGUGUGAGGGGCCUGGCCGGGGUGGAGAAUGUCGCCGAGCUGAAGCGGAACUUUAACCGGCACCUGCACUUCACGCUGGUGAAGGACCGCAACGUGGCGACCAGCCGCGACUACUACCAGGCGCUGGCCCACACCGUCCGCGACCACCUGGUCGGCCGCUGGAUCCGCACACAGCAGUACUACUAUGAGAAAGACCCCAAGCGUAUUUAUUACCUGUCCCUGGAGUUUUAUAUGGGUCGCACGCUGCAGAACACAAUGGUGAACCUGGGACUCCAGAAUGCCUGCGAUGAAGCCAUCUAUCAGGGACAGUGUGAGCUGGCUACAGUCAGUGUUGUACCUCAGACGUCCUUCGGAAGUGGUUGA